CGGGACGCUGCCCGGCCGGCCGCGGGCCACGGCGGAGGCCCCGAGCCGGGAACCACGAGAUUUGAGGCGGCGGGACCUGUCAACAGAAUGUGUCGUCCCCCUGCAUGCGACCCCGAAGCCACCGAGAUGAGCAGCACCACCGGGCCCUGGCAAGCGCCCACGUCUCACUAGCCGGGAGCGCCGGGCCACCAUGGUGUACUAGCCCCGAAGAGCCGGCCGCAGCCUCAGGUCUGCACAGACCCGGGAUUUGCACGGCAGCUGAGUCACCGUGGAGAGGCCAGGGUACCACAAACUUAUGGAUUUUGACAAGAAAGGAGGGAAAGGGGAGUCGGAGGAGGGUCGGAGAAUGUCCAAGGCCGGCGGCCGGACCAGCCAUGGCGUCCGGAGCUCGGGGACCAGCUCAGGGGUCCUGAUGGUGGGACCCAACUUCCGGGUCGGGAAGAAGAUAGGCUGUGGCAACUUCGGGGAGCUCCGGCUAGGGAAGAAUCUCUAUACAAAUGAAUACGUAGCUAUUAAACUGGAGCCCAUCAAGUCCCGGGCGCCUCAGCUGCACCUGGAGUACCGUUUCUACAAGCAGCUCAGUGCCGCAGAGGGCAUCCCUCAGGUCUACUACUUCGGCCCGUGUGGGAAGUACAAUGCCAUGGUGCUGGAGCUGCUGGGGCCUAGCCUGGAGGACCUGUUUGACCUGUGUGACCGCACGUUCACGCUCAAGACGGUGCUCAUGAUCGCCAUCCAGCUGAUCACGCGCAUGGAGUACGUGCACACCAAGAGCCUCAUCUACCGCGAUGUGAAGCCCGAGAACUUCCUGGUGGGGCGGCCGGGCACCAAGCGGCAGCACGCCAUCCACAUCAUCGACUUUGGCCUGGCCAAGGAGUACAUCGACCCCGAGACCAAGAAGCACAUCCCGUACCGGGAGCACAAGAGCCUGACGGGCACGGCGCGCUACAUGAGCAUCAACACGCACCUGGGCAAGGAGCAGAGCCGCCGCGACGACCUGGAGGCGCUGGGCCACAUGUUUAUGUACUUCCUGCGUGGCAGCCUGCCCUGGCAGGGGCUCAAGGCCGACACACUCAAGGAGCGCUACCAGAAGAUCGGGGACACCAAGCGGGCCACGCCCAUUGAGGUGCUCUGCGAGAGCUUCCCAGAGGAGAUGGCCACCUACCUGCGCUACGUGCGGCGCCUGGAUUUCUUUGAGAAGCCAGACUACGACUAUCUGCGCAAGCUCUUUACCGACCUCUUCGACCGCAGCGGCUUCGUGUUCGACUAUGAGUACGACUGGGCGGGGAAGCCCCUGCCAACGCCCAUCGGCACGGUCCACUCCGACCUGCCCUCGCAGCCUCAGCCUCGGGACAAAGCCCAGCUACACAGCAAAAACCAGGCACUGAACUCCACCAAUGGGGAGCUGAACGCGGACGACCCCACUGCCGGGCACUCCAAUGCUCCCAUCACGGCGCCCGCAGAGGUGGAGGUGGCCGAUGACACCAAGUGCUGCUGUUUUUUCAAGAGAAGGAAGAGAAAAGCAGUGCAGCGUCACAAGUGAUGCUGGGCCCGGGUGCCCUGGACCCUCCUGCCGCAGCCACCCCAGCGAGCCUGGCCCCGGCUGUGUGGCCCACAGCCAGGACAAACUGCAGGGCCGGCCGUGGCUGCCUGCCCCCCACGCGGGGUCACUUCUUUCACACGAGACUUUGGCCGAAAUUUCUACGCCCGUGUCUGGUCCUCCCCUCCAAGAGCAUUAACUAUUUCAAACAAGGAGAAGAGAAACAGUGGCCACCCUGCCCUGCGCCCCUCCCGCCCGCCUGCUGAAGUGAGUAGUCGGCCGCCCGCGCCGGCCACCCCGUCCUGUUAGUCUCAUAAAGUCCAGCUUGUCUCCCUCGAUCCAAAGGCCGUUCUCUCGAGGGGGUGCUGUGGGCGUUGCUGCCAGGGGCGAGCCCGCCCUGGGCCUCCCUGCACCACAGGGGAAGGCGGGGUGGGGGAGGCCCCCCAAACCAAAAUGCUGCACCAAAGCCUGGGCCAGCGGGCACAGCCCCACAGGGUUCCCUGCCACACCUGCUUGUGGAGUCGUGUCCAGGGCCUCGGAGCCCCGGGGGCGGCCUCCUGCUUGGCACUCAGGCCGUGGUCUGUGCCCGGGUGUGUGUGGGCUUCUCGUGUCUGUGCUCCAUGCCGCCAGCGGACCAGCAGGAGACAAGCGCCUUAAAGCCCUGUCCCAGCCCUGCAGGCACGUCCGGGGUCGGGCAGUCCUGGUGGGCGUGUGGUCCUCCUGGGCCCCCCUGGAGGGCCUGUGCUGCCUCGGGGUGGAGCAGCCAGGGACGGCCUGGCAGCAGUGUGUGUGUCUAGGUCUUGCUUUACACGGUGUACAGAAAUGGCACUUCGGUUUCUCUGACGUUUCCUGGAAGCCAUAGAGUUUAGGGGCUUUUUUAAAAA